AAAUUUCCAAUUGGUUGUGGCAUUGCUACGUCUUUCCUUUAUUAUAUUUUCCUUCGCUUUCAGUUUCUUCCUUGACACCUCUCAUCUGAUUUUUCUCGCACUUUCUCUCUUUCCAAUCGAUUUUUUUUCUCGGGAAUCUUCGAUCGUCUCCAAAACAAAAUUUCAUUUCCUUUCUAUUCAAAUUCAUGCUUCUGUUGUUGAUUGUAUUACUUACGAGGUGACGUUGAACGGCACUGUAAAUAUAUAAUUUAAGGAAACUAACUAAACAAUGCAAAACGACGUCGUGACGAACGGAAUUUGCUCGACGGAGUCGGUGAAUGGCAGUCGCGAUGUUUGGAGUUGUAAAGAUUCUGAUUCUUUAUCAGCUGAUCAUCUUGUUAUCAUGGUCCACGGAAUUCUCGGCAGUUCUUCAGAUUGGAAGUUCGGAGCUGAGCAAUUUGUUAAAAGGUUACCCGAUAAAGUAUUUGUCCAUUGCAGUGAAAGGAAUAUGUCUAAGCUGACUUUAGAUGGUGUAGAUGUAAUGGGUGAACGAUUGGUAAAGGAGGUCAUUGAUGUUAUUCAAGAAAAGCCAAAUUUACGCAAGAUCUCCUUUGUUGCACAUUCUGUGGGAGGACUGGUGGCCAGAUAUGCAAUUGGGAGACUCUAUAGACCACCUAAGGAAGAGGUUAAAGAGGAUACAUCAGGUAAUGGAUGCAAGGAGGAACCGAUGGGUACAAUUGGUGGCCUGGAAGCUAUGAACUUCAUCACUGUUGCAUCUCCUCAUCUUGGUUCAAGGGGUAAUAAGCAGGUACCAUUUCUUUUUGGGGUAACUGCUUUUGAGAAAGCUGCAAGUUGUGUUAUUCAUUGGAUAUUUAAAAGAACAGGUCGGCACCUUUUUCUUACCGAUGAUGAUGAAGGAAAGCCUCCACUGCUUAAGCGGAUGUUGGAAGAUUAUGAUGAGUUUUAUUUCAUGUCUGCAUUGCGUUUAUUCAAACGUCGGGUGCUAUAUUCCAAUGUGGGCUAUGACCAUAUUGUGGGCUGGAGAACAUCAUCGAUAAGACGGGAUAGUGAACUGCCAAAGUGGGAGGAGUCUUUUAAUGAAACAUAUCCACAUAUCGUGUAUGAAGAACACUGCAAGGCCUGUGAUGCUGAUCAGUAUGAAACUAUUUCAACGGAGGAUGAUGGCUCAUCUGACAAGCUAGAAGCCAAAUGGUUUUCUUUCGGUCUUAAUCAAUUUCCCAUGAAGGAACUGGUGAGAGGCCUAUCCCGAGUUUCGUGGGAAAAAAUAGAUGUUAGUUUUCACAGUAGUAGACUGAGAUUUGCUGCUCAUAGUGUUAUACAGGUUAAAGAUGAAGUUAUGCAUAUAGAUGGUGGAGAUGUCAUCCAGCAUAUGAUCGAUCAUUUUCUCACUUGAACCUUUGGUCUUAGAAAUACUCAUCAUAUUCGCGAAUAUUAUAUUCUCUUAGGUAAAUAAAGAUUAUUUACUACUGAGAUCUCCUAUUCAUUUGACUGUUAGGGUCAGUGCUUGAAAUCCCGUCCGUUGCAGUUGAAUGGAUCAAUACUUCCGUCAGUUCUCGGCAAUGGUACGAUAACUGUGAUUAAUUCAGCAGUCAUGAAGAAAUUUUUUUCAUUCAUCAUUAAUAAUUUUAUGUUGCAUACAUGUGCCAAAAGUAUAUAUUUACACUAUUACUUCUUUUUCUGUUGUGCUGUAAACAAAUUAUUUGGUAAUUUACAAUUUACAUGAAAGGUUCUGCUUAAUAAUUUCUUGAUGAAACGAUUAAGCCUUUGAUAAUUUCUAUUUUGCUUCUUUAAGAGGAAAACUUCUAAAAUUUGAGCAAGUUAUUUUUUUGUUAUAAAAGACAUUAUAGCCUGAUAAUAAGUGAAAGAGUUACAAUUACUAAAAUUUAAAUUUGUUAGAUGUUAUUUCUUUAAAAAUGAUUAUAUGAACUGAGUUCUUGAGUUGAGUUUAAAAUUUGAGGAUGUUUUGUUAGAGAGAAAAACUUACAAUGGUAGCAAAGGAUUGUUCUGAUAUGGUAAUGGAUGCGACCGAAGUUAAAUAAAUGUGUGUUUUGCUAAUAAAAAUAUUGAAUUUUUGGAUUGUGGUCUUUUGAUGUGGGAGUGGA